AUGGAAAAUGAGUCACAUUCUCACAUAGCAGAUGAAAAUUGCUCUUUGGGUCAAGAUGUCAUCUUGGAAAUAUUAGCAAGAUUGCCAGCAGAAAGCCUUCUCCAAUGUGAGAGGGUUUGCAAAAGUUGGUUUAGAAUGAUUCAUGAUCCAAACUUCGUACACAAAUUUAAGCAAGUAUUCAUCAUUGGAAAAUUUCAUCGGCUUCAAUAUUUAGUUUUGAAUGUCAACAAUGGCAAUUGGACAGGUAAAGUAUUAGAAAAUUCCUGGUGCACAUUUUUCCGAAUUGAAGAUGCCUAUAAUGGGCUGAUACUUCACAAAACUACAAAUUAUAGCAAUCUCCACGUCUAUAAUAAUAGCAAUGACAAGAUGACCACCAUCCCUCUUGUGCCACUAACGAGUUCAAGAAACUACUAUUCAUUGGUACAUGAUGUUUCCAUCCAAAAGUACAAGGUCGUUUGCUUUUGUUUGCGUAAUAAUAUUGUGAAGUGCUAUAUAUAUGUUCUGGAUAGUAAUGAUGAAGAAGUAAAUGAAGCUCCUACUUGGAGGGAAUUGAGCUUUUCUUUCCUCGUAAACUUUCCAACUCGUCCCACAAUAGACUUCGAUAGAGUUCUGUGUAAUGGAGCUUUGAAUUGGAUUUCAAAAACUGAAACAGAUCUGAUGGCAUAUGUAUCAUCAUUAGACAUAUCAAGUGAGAAGCUUGGGAAAAGAAUUGAGUUGCCAUCGAAACCCAGCUUGUGCAACAUGACAAUAUUCUUCAAUUGCAAGUUAUUAGCUUUCAAUGGAUUUCUUUGUUAUGCUAAUCCAAGUUCCAAGGAUAGGUUUGAUUUUUGGGUCUUGAAGGGUUGGGAUAAACUUAAACCUAUUUGGAUCAAGCAAUAUACGUUACGCCUUUCAUCGAUGAUCUGCAAGCCAGCAGGUUUGAAGAGUUUCGUUCAUGAUAAUUUCUUUCCUCUUGCAAUAUACCAUAGUGUGCACUCUUAUUCAGUUGAAAUCAUGAUACAGUUUUGCCGCAAGUUGUUUGUAUACAACGUGAAGAGCAAAGAGUUGAGGAGUAUUGAGGUUAUCGAAGAAGAAUCAGUGGAUGCAUGCUCCCUUCGUCAUUUUAUCAUCACACUAAAAUAA